AUCGAGACCUAAGCAAUAUCUUACCAGCAAAUCCCAAACAUGCUUCGUCUAUCCCGUUCGAUCAAGCAGACUCAGUCACUCAUCUCCCUACAACCUUCAAGAUCUCUCUCAAUCUCCUCAAUCAGUUAGUUGUGCAAGCACCAUGUCACAACACACGAAACUCACUCUUUGCAGGAAUGUCUGACAAGAUUCCUCUCGACGCCAACAAGGGCUCAGUGGGCAAAGAGUUCCAACCCGAGGGCAAAGUGGGUAGCACUGCUCAGCAAGUUGGUGGACCAUUCGAUAAGGACGGUGCCAUUGGCAGUCAGUUCAAGAAGGAAGGUGCAAUCGGUGGCACUGGCCAAGCUGCUGCCGAGCAAAUCCAGGGCGACAAGAAACCUUUGUUUGACAAGGAUGGAGCCAUCGGCAAACAAUUCAAAGGUAAGCAAUAGCGCAUCCCUCUUCUUGACCGAGCACUGACCGAUUCACACAGCUGAGGGAGCGAUCGGUAGCG